UGAUCUACUGUCAUGUAACAACCCAGCUUUCCCGGCUAAUAACACUAUAUGCUGUAAUGGUGACACUCUGUGUUCAACAUACACUGGGCUUGCCAAUGGCAGUACUGCUACCUACACUACUUCUCAAGACUACUGCAUCUUGAGUGAUUCACCAGUACUAAGAUCAUGUGUUGACAUGUCAUGGAGUGGACAGACACCUACUGAAGAAAAGCCUAUCAGCCAGGAAAGUUGAGUACUUCAAACAUUGCAAUGAUAGUGAUAGGACUCUUGUUCUUCAUUGCUGGAGUGGGAAUUUCUGUUGUAGUGGUAAUACUACUCUCCCAGAGAACUACAAAAGGCACUGCCUGGUGUUUUCCAACAUUGUUCCUUGUGAUAGUUACUCCUGUUCUAGAGACUGUUCUAUGGCUUGCAUUCCUUGGAUACGUGGUUGCAAAUGAUUUCUCAGAGGAUGAUGGAUAUGUGAGAGGAGAUGACUCCUUGUGUCAGACUCCCAGUGGAACAGUGGGUGUUAGAGAUGGUCUGCUGAUAGCUUCCUUUGUCCUCUCACUUCUGGUCCUGAGUGGGUGGCUCGUCUGUCUCACUACUGUCAAGUGUGCUAACCCUCCCUCAUCUCAGGGGUAUGAAUCAACUAACCAAAAUGAGUGGGUGUGGUAUAGGGAGAGUAAAUUUAACCACCUAAGCUCCCACUGGUAGCUGGGCAUGACCACUCUUAUUGAACAUGAAAUGUAUCUUUUUUCAGAGAAUCACGGAAGCAAAGAAAGCGACUUAUGUGUUGCCGAAAGAGAAGAGAAACACAGCAGGAACAGGUUGUGUAUGAGGUAGUUGACCCACUAUCCUCCAUACAGCCACCAGUCACCUAUGAGGAGGUGGGUGUGGCAAGAGAGGUCAAGAGUUCACAAGACAUUCAGCUGACCUCCAAUGAGGCAUAUGGUCCUAUACACAAGGACAACAUUCCCACCUCUCGCAACACUGCUUAUGGACAAGUACACUUGUGAUGCUCUUGAAGUUGUUUAUCUUGGUCGGAGAAACUGAAACUUGUUAGAUAGCUCUGUAGGUUGCUGUUACACUGUUGCUAUAGUAUCCGUGAUUGUUUAUGUGCAUAGUUC